AUGUUUAAUUUAUUUUCUCAAAUUUUCUUCAUCUACAUCGCUACAUCGUUUCUGACGACGCUGAAGUUGAACAAUCGACAAGAAUCAUCAGAUCCAGAUUCCGAUGUGAUACUAGAAUAUCGCCUGGAUGGCCUCAGGCCCGCGACCGCUUAUGCGGUGCGAGUCGCCGCUAUUAACGACAUCGGCGAUAGCGAUUACUCUGAUUCAGUCAUACUAAAUACGCUGGAGGAAGCACCUUCGGAACCUCCUCGCAGCGUGGAAGUAUUGGCGGAUGCUCCAGGCGAGUUGCUCGUUAAAUGGCAGCCGCCGCCGCAGGAGUCGUGGAACGGCGAGCUGGUGGGGUACGCGGUGUGGUGCCGUGGCGCCAACGCGUCGCUGGCGCUGGGCGUGGCGGGCUGGGCGGCGCGCGCGGCGCGGCUCGGCGCGCUGCGUCCCGCCGCGCGCUACGAGCUCAGCGUGCGCGCGCUCAACGCGCUCGGCGCCGGGCCCGCCGCUGCGCCGCUGCUCGCCACCACGCUCGAGGACGUCCCCGAGGCGCCCCCACAGAACGUGCGCUGCGAGCCGCUGUCGUCGCAGUCGUUCCGCGUGUGGUGGGAGCCUCCGCCGCCGCUCCUGCGUGGGGGACUCAUCAUAGGAUACGAGAUAUCUUAUCGGGCGGCGGAGGCGGACGCGGCGGCGGCGUGGGAGCGCGUGUCGGCGGGCGGCGGCGGCGCGGCGGUGGCGGCGCGCGCGGGCAACUACUCGCUGCGCGUCGCCGCGCGCUCCGCCGCCGGCCUGGGCCCGCGCGCCGCGCGCUACUGCAAUACGCUCGACGAUGUUCCAGGUCCUCCCGCUGACGUGAAGGUGUUCCCUCACUCGGAGGACUCGGUCAUGCUGAGCUGGCUCCCACCCUUGCAGCCGAACGGCUUGAUACGACACUAUAGAGUGUAUACUCGACCACAGAGGAUAGGGCGGCACUCGAGCGAGGUGGUGCUGGUCUCGGAGCAGCAGCAGCGCGCGGAGCAAGCGUUGGUGCUGAGCGGGCUGGCGCCGCGCCGCUACGAGCUGUGGGUCGCCGCCAGCACCGCGGCGGGUGAGGGCGACAUGAGCGCCGUCGUCGCCGCCACGCCCAGCGCCACCGCGGGCGCCAAAAUCGCGUCGUUCCCACGGCGCGUGGCGGUGGCGGCGGGCGGCGCGGCGACGCUGCGCUGCGCGGCGGCGGGCGCGACCGGCUCGCGCGGCUGGGCGCGCCGCCGCCCGCCGCCGCCGCACGCCGACCCGCGCCUGCGCCUCGACGGCGACGCGCUGCUCGUGCUCAGGGCAACAUUUGUACCAAUCGCCUUACCACCCGCAGAAGCCGAGCCGUCCCUGGCGGACAACUACACGUGCACAGUGCGCAACCGCUGGGGCGAGGAGCACGCCACGUGGGAGCUGGUGACGCUGAGCGCGCCGCCGCGCCCGCGCCUGCGCCUCUCCGCCGCCUCGCCCACGGCGCUGCUGCUGGCCUGGGACGCCACAGGGGCUGAAAGUUACACGCUGGAGUGGGCGCGCGGUGAGGGCCCGCGGGCGGCGCGCGAGGAGCGCGGCGAGGCGCGCGGCGCGGCGCUGCGCGGGCUGGCGUGCGGCGCGCGCUACCGCGUGUGGCUGCGCGCGCACGGGUCCGCCGGCGCCUCUCCGCACAGCGACGUGCUGCUCGCCAACACUCUGGGCGGCCUAUCAAAAGCGGCGCUCGAGAAACACCUCAUAUCCACCAAUAGCAGUUGCGUGCGACUUAACCUCCUCACUUGGGACUGCAACGGAUGUCCCUUGAUCCACUUCAUUAUUUCUAUCAAAGGAUUCGACGAAUUCUCCUGGAGAUCUGAGACAGUACAGUUAGAGCCUCAUCCAUUUGUCUUUUGUGACCUGCGGCCGGCCAUGUGGCACCAUUUGAGAGUGGUCGCCACCACUACCGCGGGAGUUACCACGGCUACAUAUUAUUUUUCGACGCUCACGGAAACUGGUGAGCGCAUCCCGGCGCCGGCGCAGUUCCCGGCGGGCGCGGCGGACGCGGGCGGCGCGGGCGGCGCGGGGGGCGCGGGCGCGCUGGCGCUGCUCGCCGCCGCCGCCGCGCUCGCCACCGCGCUGCUGCUGCUCGCCGUCAUUGUGUACAAGAGGAGCACAGCGAAGUGUUUCAGGAAGGGCUACGAGCCGAGCAGCGUUUCGGAAGAAGACAAGUCAGUGGAGAAGCGUGAUAAUAGAAGGAACUGUCAACAAGUCUACACCUCGUCACCGAUUAAAUCUAGUAAAAAAGAGCAACAGGAGAUGUACGAGAUAAGCCCGUACGCGACGUUCAGCAUGUCGAGCGGCGCCGUGUGCAGCGAGGGCGGCGCGGGGGGCGCGGGGGGCGCGGGUGUGGGCGCGGGGGGCGCGGGCGGCGCGGCGGCGAGCGGCACGCUGCGCACGUUCGGGCGCGCCGAGCCCGCGCCGCUGAGCGCCGCGCCGCCGCGCGCGCGCCACCACCACGACCCCGCCGACUCGGACGAGUACAGCCUGUCGCGCGCGAUGACUCUGAUGGUGCGGCGCGGCGAGUCCGACUCGGAGUCGAGCGGCUCGCCCUGCGCCGAGUGCAGCGGAGCCGCCUACCGCGCUUGCGCGCAGCCCGGCAAGGAUUUAAUCGAAGGCAAAUUAAUAAUGUCUCCAGUAGAGGUUGGUAUGAAGGGUGAGCAGUACGCCACGUUUCCAGCGGAGGAAGUGUUCCGCGGCGUGACGGACUCGAGCGCGGAGUCGUGCGCGUCGGCCGCGCGCCUCCCCGCGCGCCGCCGCCCGCGCCGCCACGCGCCCCCCGCCGCCCACGCCGCCGCCGCCGCUGCCGCCGCUGCCAACGGCGCCGCCAGAUACCCGCAGCGCCAGGAACAAGAGAGGCGAGAUUUUACAAUACACGUUUGA